GUGUGUGUGUGUGUGUUGUGUGUGUGUUGUGUGUUGUGUACGUGAGGACAGUGUGUGCAGCUGAAAGCCGGUUACCUAAAAGGGCUGUGCCAGGCCAGGCCAAAGUGGGUUAAUAAAAAUAACCAGCGUAGGAGCAGCGACAAUCCAGGAGUGCAGGCAGAGGAGUCAGAGCGAUACAGAGAGAGAACAGACGCAGAGUAAAAGAGUCUGUCGCUGGCACCUGAGAUUAAGUCUGGUUGGAAACGGAUUGAGUAAUAAUUAUUUGAUAACACCUUUUUUGAUUUUAAUUAUUGUUGGUUUAAUCCCCCCCUUUUUUAAAUCUAUUUGAAUUAAGCAUAUCAUUCAAAAUAAAAGGGAUUUUGUGUGAUUGUAAGAAGGAAUUCGUGCUUUACAGUAACCUGCAUAGUGUUUUUUAAAUUUGAGCAAAUAUAUUUCUGGUGAUGUCGUGAUUCCAGGUAAAAAGAAAAGGUUAUGAGGACGGCAGGAUGGAGUUCCCAGACCACAGCAGACAUUUACUCCAGUGUCUGAGCGAACAGUGGCACCAGGGCUUCCUGUGUGACUCCACGGUGCUGGUGGGCGAUGCCCAGUUCCGUGCGCACCGUGCUGUGUUGGCCUCCUGCAGCAUGUAUUUUCACCUCUUCUACAAGGACCAGCUAGACAAGCGAGACGUGGUGCAUCUCAACAGCGACAUUGUCACAGCCCCGGCCUUUUCCCUGCUCCUGGAGUUCAUGUAUGAAGGCAAGCUGCAGUUCCAGGACCUUCCCGUAGAGGAUGUGUUGGCAGCGGCCAGCUACUUGCACAUGUAUGACAUUGUCAAAGUGUGUAAGAAACGUUUGAAGCAGAAGGCCACGACGGAGGCAGACAGCACGCGCAGAGAGGAAGACGGUGGGUCCAGCUGCUCUGAUAAGGCUGACAGUCUAUCAGACGGUUCUACCGGCCGGCCUGCUACUGCCGACCUGCUGCAUAGUGAUGAGGAGGAGGAAGGAAAGGCCGAGGGUCGACCGCUGUGGCUGAGGCUGCCGGCUACAGACAGAUCAGGAACACCAGCCAUGGCUACGACCAGCCCAGGUCACGGCGAGGCGGAGACACAGGGUGGGGAAGCGAAGCUGCUUUCCCCAGCUGGAAGCCCCACCAGCUCCAGCGGAUCCCUUUCCCAGAGGUCCCAACGCUCCGUGAGCUCUCGCGCAGGGCACAGGGGCAGGAGGGUGUCAAAUGAUGCUGCCGACUGUGUGCUGGACCUGUCAGUUAAGCCGAUCGCCGGUAGCAACCACAGUAACCACCACCAAUCCUAUUUCAGUGGGACAGCCACACCUGACAGCCUCCAGAGUCCAUUGGCUGUGAGGGUAAAGGUGGAGAGAGGCGUGGCUUCAGACGAGGAAGAGGACCUGGGAGGUGGGGACUACGACAUGGAGCACAGUGGCAUCACCAAGGCAACGGUUCCGAGCGCCAACGGCGGCCUAACCCACCAUGGGGUCGGAGGACCUCUGUCGGUCCAGCGGCGGCUUGGCCUAGAAGCGCACCUGUCCGCUCUGCGAGAAGCCUCUCUGGCCUCGGAGCUGGAGCGGGAGGAGAAGCCUCCGGUUACAGCAGACGACGAGGACCUACUGGGAGGUGAAAACGAGCGCGCCCAGGCCGAGGCAGCCAGCAUGGAUAGUUCCCUGCUGCCCUAUGUCUCCAACAUGCUGUCAGCUCAACACACCCAGAUCUUCAUGUGCCCGCUGUGCAACAAGGUUUUCCCCUCCCCGCACAUCCUCCAGCUUCACCUCAGCUCCCACUUCAGGGAGCAGGAGGGCAUCCGCGCCAAGCCCGCCGGAGACGUCAACGUGCCCACCUGCACCAUCUGCAGCAAGACCUUCUCCUGCAUGUACACGCUGAAGCGCCAUGAGCGGACACACUCUGGUGAGAAACCCUACACCUGCACCACCUGCGGCAAGAGCUUCCAGUACUCACACAACCUCAGCCGUCACGCAGUGGUGCACACGCGCGAGAAGCCGCACGCUUGCAAGUGGUGCGAACGACGCUUCACGCAGUCCGGGGACCUCUACCGACAUAUCCGCAAGUUCCAUUGUGAACUGGUCAACUCCUUGUCAGUAAAGAGUGAACCACUGGCGCUGCCCAAUGUCAGGGAUUGGGCAAUUGAGGACAGCUCCCAGGAACUGUGGAAAUAGAAACAGACUGCUGGGUUUGAUAAAGGGAAAGAAAGUGGAGUUCGAGAGAAAGGCAGAGAGGCACGGGGAGGUGAAGGGGGUGGAAAGUUUGAUGUCCGGGGUUUAAGUGAGUCAUGUUCUUGUGUGUCGCAAAAUCUCAUUCAAUUGCACUUUAAUAGCACAUGAAAAUGUUACUACUGAGUUUUGUUUUUUUUGUUGCUGUUUGGGGUAAUUUUGUUUCUUUCUAUUUUAUUCUGAACCCUUAUUUUCAUUUGGCAUAAGUUUCUGUUCUGGUGGUUUUCAUUGCGUCUAAGGACAUGGGUCCCAGUGCGAAUGUGUUGCCUUUUUUUUCGAUUUGAGGAGUUUUUCACUCUGUUUGUGUUUCAUCUCAGACACAACACUCCGGCGCUGGCCAGCGUUUCAGUCCCAGUCCCAUAGACCCUAAAACGCCACUGCAGGAGUUCAGGUCGAACACACUGAAGUGAACAAGCAUUACAAUACACUAAACGGGUACUGUGAUCACCACGAGUCCAUACCACCACACACACACACACACACCGUGUGUCUACGUGUGUCUGUGCGUGCACCGUGCAUUGCUACACUACUCUGGUAAAAAUGUAACCUGUGUGUGAGUGUGUAUGAGUGAGUUUUGUGUGUAUUAAUUUUAUUUUCUACUGGCAUGAAGGUGUCGUUGGCGAAGCGCUCCCCGCUUCUCUUGUUGAGCUCUUUGGUGUUGUGUGUUCAGGGGAAAGCUUACAGACUGAUGGCACUCAUGCAAUGCACAGCCUCCUUUUUUUCCUGCUUCUAAUCAAUUUGAAGUAUUUUCUAAAAAUGAAAAGACCUUUAAUAUUAUUAAUAUUAUUAUUAUUAUUAUUAUUGUUAUUAAUAGAUUUUUUUUCUUAAAUCUAGCUGGCAGUCUUUAAAACAUCUCUUGUUGAAAAGGUAAUUUAAUUUAAGGUUGUUGUAUAUUGUUCUGUUCUAAUUUUAAAACUUAAAUCUUUUACCAUUUUUUUAAAUUAAUAAUUAUUAUUAUUAUUAUUAUUUUUAUUUUGUUACUUUUUUGUAAUGGGACCUGCUGUUGUUGCAUGACGUCCAAACCUGUAUAUUUUAAGAUGAAAUGUGAAUUUGCUGUAUUACUGUACACAUUGUAAUUGAUCAAAUAUUUGACAAGGGGCUUUUCUUUUCUCCAGGGUCUGUAGAAAAUCUGAAUAUUAUUCUGGGAAAAAAUGCAUGAAAAUUUUUAUUUUGUCUUAAGCCUUUAAGUUGUGAGUUUUGGCAUCGGGGGCGGGGGGUGUAUGAACAUUACACUUUUGACAGUGAAAAGAGUAGGAAAAGAUUUUUCUACUCGCCGUGUGUUUGUCGCUGUGCUCCUCGAAGAAUGUUACCGAAUGUGUUACCGUCGGUUGUUGAAGCGAUACGAUGAAGCAUUUGAAGCCUGUGUCUAUAUGCACUGAUCUCUCUGCUGUGUGAGUGUGCGUGUGUGUGUGUGUUUAUGAGCAUGUGACUUGGUUAUUACCAGUCAAUUUAACCUACUGACGAUCUACGUCCACCCAGCACUUCCUCCUGCUCCUGCUCCUCCUCCUCCUCCUCAGGCGUAACAUUUCUCCACUGCUGCAUGUUUGUUCCAUCUCUCUGUGUCUCUGUCCUCUCCAGCUCAAGAUGCCGUCGAGCCAUUUCUAGAUUAUUUCUUCUCGCCGGGCACUAACUUCAGUGCUGCUCUGAUUGGCUGAAGUGUGAAGGAUGCAGAGACAGGGACGAGAAGCAGAGAGGCUGAAACUGAGCUGUCCUGCUGAAAGUUGAGGGGUCAGAUAUCUUUGUACACACUGUUGCAUCGUGUCCAGCUGAGCUGUGCCGAGCCGAGCCGAGUCGAGCUGAGCGGGGCUGUGCUGAUUCAGUACAGUAACGCACUCAGCUCAGUGCAGUGCAUCUCACACCAGACGCAGUGGCGUGAAUGUGAUUCGAUGUUUGUGUGUGUGUGUGUUUUCCACUUCAAAACAUAAUCCUUACUUUGAGAUAGAUGGGAGAGAAUUGGCAUGUCUGAAUGCACCUUUUAAGCUAAAAGAUAUGAAAUCAGAUUUUGCUGAAAAGAUGCCUUUAUUAAGAAAGAAAAAAACAUUUCUGAUGCUAUGGAAGUAUUUGAUACUGUAGAGCAUUGAGAAAUAGUUGUUUAAAAACGUUUAAAUUCAAGGAAUUUAUUGAAUUUAUCAGAAAAUCAUGUCUUAUUAUAUUUUGCUCACGUGAUUGGAAAGUUCUUGUUUUUGUAUGUGAAUGUUGUUUUGGGUGUGGGCUACAUUGGUUUAUAAUUUUUUAUUUAAACCUCUCAAAAUAUUUUGGUCGUCAUUUUCAAAGUAAUGGUCAAGCGUCUAUACAAUCCAAAAACAUUCAACAUAGAGAUACUGAAGAGAGAGGGCUCCACGUUUCCUCUCACUGAGUGUGUGUGUGUGUGUGUGUGUGUGGGGGGGGGUGUGUGUAUGAGGCAUGUACAUGCCCCCACUGAUGUGCAUGUGGUGGGCGGGGGUGGUUGUAUGUGCCGCCCUGUCAUCUGGUGGCACCUUCAGGCUUUGCCAGUGUAACAGUGUGGGUGAUAUUGCGGCAUUUUGCGCCGCAUUGUCUCUUUUUUCCCCCCACGAAACGUUAUUUCUUCACUGGCGUAUGGACUCACUCCAUCCUGCUGUUGUUUUCAUCAUUACUGCUGAUAUUAUUUUGUUGUUCUGUUCUGUUCCUCUGGUUGUACUUGACCGCCUUAAACUGCUGUAGUCCAGGCUUUUUUUUGUUGUUGCUGUCGUUGUCUUUUUUUUCUCUUUAAAUAUAUGAGUGGAGGGUGGAGUUGAUGUAGUGAUGUCAACUGCUCACACCGUGAUGAAGUAACCACCCUGAUGAGACUCCAUUUUUUGCUGUGCUUACUUGAAAACAAUGGGGGAAUUGUUUGGUUUUUUAAGCAAGGUAUAAGAAUAAAAUGUUCAAAUGUCAUUAACAGGUUAUAGAAAGACAGAGGAAGGGGUGGAGGGUGGGGGGGGGGGUGAAACGACUGAGUUUGUUUUGAAAAAGGACAAUCACUGUCUGGGGGAAAAAACAAGCAGAUUUUGAUUGAGAUAUAUUUGCUCUCCCUAGAGAUUAAAAAAAAUCUUUUCUUUUAUGUUUCUUUUUCAGAUUUAGUCAUUUUUAGCUUUGACAAUCAUAGUUGGGUUGAUUUAAUUUUUUUGUUUUUCUCAAGGGGAGUAAAUUCUAAUUGUGUUUAGUUUUGUAAUUUUUUGGUGUGCUGUUGUUGACAUUUUUAAAUUGUGUGCAAACUGCAAUAAAUUAUAAGAAUCUUGAAAUUCAAA